CAAGCCCUCACCGGACCCCAAUAGGGUCUCAUGGGGGUGAGAGACCCGCGCCUGGGCCUCCUCAGCGGGGCACGGCAGGGGCCCCGCCGCCUCGGGCGCGUGCGGUUAGCGGUAGCGCGCGGCGAACAAUAACGUUGUUUCAGCGAUGCCCUUUGGCCGCCUUCCCCCAGGAACCUCCGAUGGGCCUCCCUGCUGUGGCGGCGAGAGGCUGCUGCAGGGCAGAGGUCGCCGGGCUGCGGACAAGCCCGCGGCGACCGUCGAACCGUUGGACAGCAAGGGCGAGAAGUGCAGCUUCGACGUGAUCGUGAAUGACCCGGGCAUCAGUUCCGGGGAGAUUGAAUUCAAGAACUCGUGCGAGACCUUCUGCAAAGUCUUCGAGAGCCUGGCGCUCGAAGGGUGGAUCCAGGAGGGCCUGAUCACCUACUUCGGGCAGAAGCUGUGCGACGGGGACACCAAGGCGGGAGGACGGCUACGGCGCCACGAAGGUGUCUCGCCAUUUGUCUGCAUACCUCAUCCUGCGUGCGGCGGUGUACGACGCCCUUGCCCCCAUCAACGGCGGCUGCCCCGUCGUGGACGAGCACGUCUACGACCGCAAAGUGACCCCGGCGGGGUGUGAGCAGGGCUGCAAGGCCGUCGCGAAGCGCGCGGUGUGCGGCCCUGCAGGACGCCACCGUGCCCAGCGAGACGGGCGCGGAGGAGGCCCACGGGAAGACGGGCAGCGGCACGUGUGCAGGGGGGAGUACGGCAUCGAUAGAGUAGUGAUGCCAGACGAGUUCUGCAAUAGCGCGCGCCUUCCCUGGUGGUGCCGUCGUCCAGCGUCUUCCCCACUGUAUUUCGGCUGGCUUUGGGCUCUCCCUGUUUCUUGGUGUUCGUCAAUUUGGGCAUGCGGGACAUGCUGUUGCAUGGGGUUCAGCCUUUCUGAGCCCAUGGAGUACGGCGAGGGCCCGUUGGGAGUCGGAGUUCACCACAGAGAAAGGCGUCACAGGGGUGACAUUUGCGCGGCGCUGGCCUGGGACGGUGCGCGCAUGGGUGUCUGCUUCCAG